ACAAAAUUCCCAAUAAAAUGGACAGCCCCAGAAGCAGCUCUUGAUAGAAAGUUUAGUAUUAAAUCUGAUGUCUGGUCGUUUGGUAUAUUAUUAUAUGAGUUGAAUACAUUUGGUCGUGUUCCAUACCCAGGUAUGUCCGGUGCUGAAGUAUUAAGUAGAUUAGGUAAAGGAUACAGAAUGCCUAAACCCCAUGGUCCAGUUGGUUGUACUGAUGCUUAUUAUGAUAUUAUGGUAAAAUGUUGGAAUAAAAGACCAGAAGAAAGACCAACAUUUGAAUCACUACACAAUUUAUUUGAUGAUUAUUUUAUUGCUACAGAACCAGAUUAUAAAGAAUCAGAUGCAAUUUAA